AUGGCGUCGCCUGCGAGACGCGUGCUCGGUGACAGAGACCCCAACGCGCCCAUGCAUCAGCAGCCCUCAAAGGUGCCAAACAGAGCCUUACCACUCGCCAGUCCUAUCGCGCAACCAAGCGCUGUAAAGCGUCCUCUUCCCUCGGGGCACUCUCCAUCAAGCAGUCCUCGCGUUGGCCAGAAACGGAAGAUUGGAGCAGUACACGAUCACGAACAAGCAGGGUCCCAAGAUACAGUUGUUACGGCCACCCCUCUGUCACCGACCUCGGCGCUACUGAGCGCGACACAGUCUGAAAAUGAAGACAAUGCGCAAAUCUCGAUGGCCCAGAGCAGGUCGACUCUGGACACCGCCCUCACCUCUUUCUGUGAUUCUCAGGAAGAAUCGUCUCAAAUGGAGAGCGAAUUCCACAUACACGACGAGCCGAGCCAGCAGACCUUGGACAAGAUGCACGCCGUCACAUUCAGUCAAAGUACAUCUCAGCUUGUCCCGCCUCUGCGCCCGAAUCUGGCCAAAGAAGCCUCUCAGAGCAGCUUAAGCAUGUCCAGCCUAAUCGACUUCGACAACAACCGCUCGUCGGAAGAUGAAGACAUGCAAAUGAUAGAAGAGCUCGAAAGGGCAAAGGAGAAAAGGCCCAAGACGGAGAAGGACGCCAGGAAGGAGAUGAUGCUCGAGAAAGCUGAAACGCUGCGGACUCGAUUACAGCUCGCCCUCUACAAAAUUCAAACCAACCAGAUUACAAGACCAUUCGCGCGUCUUCAAGUCCCCAAAGUCACAUCUCCCCCUCCGCAGCUCACUGGGUCAUCUUCGUCCCCAAGAUCUUCAUCGACUGUGCGACCGAGCCCUGGACCAGAGAACUCGGCCGCGCAAGAGACUCGAGUUGCCAUGGCGCGAGCUCGCGCGACCAUGGGUCCUAGACCGGCUAUUAAGCUUCUCUCAAGCCUGCCAAUGCCAGAGAUAGUUCCAACAGCCUUCUCCGCGAGAUGGAAUCAUAAACUCGAACCACAGCAAGGGAGUCAGAGCAGCGAGGUCCACCCGCUGCCCAAUAUCCCCAGCAGUCCUCCUCUCUUGCGCGCAGACUACUCGGCUGAACACUUGACCGUGGGAGCGACCCAUCAAGACACCGAGCCUAGCACGCCCUUGCAGCUGUCUAGCCCGGCGCCUAGUGGACACGGAGAUGAUGUUGAAGCGGACACUGACCUCCGGCGGAAGUCACUCCAAGGCGUUGGUCUCACUAGUAGUGUGAUCAAAGGAGAAGCUGCAAAUAGCCUGCUCGAGCUUGUUCGAGGUGUGAGAUCCGGCGGCAUUGGGAUGUGCGGAGUUUGA